CGACAGCAUUUAUGAGGUGUUCUGCAAAAUUAAACAGUGAAAAAUAUUUUGUUGGGAAAAAUAAAUAAAUUAAAAAAAUUAAAUUUAGUUUUUGAACAUUUUAUCAAUAAUUUUCAUUAGAUGAGACACCGAAAAUAUAAAGAUCGACUCGAAUAAAAUAAGAAACAAUUGAAACUCCUACACCAACAACGUCGAGCAAAAAUAAUGCAAACUACGCGUAUUCAUAUUACUUGUGUGACCACAAUAGGUGGUUAUUUGAGAAUUUACGGCCAACAAAAUAUUGAAAAUGUUACUAUUAUACAAAAAAAUAUUGAUUGCUUAGUAAGAGCCCCAAUGAUUCAAACAUCAAUUCCAAUUAUGGAAGUUGCCCAAAUUGGCAAUUUUUGUCUUGCUUUGAAGGGUGACAGAUUUGUUAGAGCUAGAAUAGUUAGUAAAUUUCCAAGUACAGGGCGUGUCAAUGUUCAUUAUAUGGAUUAUGGGUUUGAUAAUAUACUUGAUAUAACUAAUAUCCGUAUGUCUAAAUUUCCUAAAGAACUUGAGUUAAUGCCUGUCCAGUCGUUACCAUUUAUAUUAAGCGGCAUAAAAAAUUCAUGGGAACCGUAUCAAAUUCAAGAAAUUAAUGAUGAGUUGUUGUAUCAAACUGUUGAUUUUACUGUUGAAGGAAGGAUUGGCGAUGAGAUUUUCAUUCAAAUAAGAUGGAAAAACAAAUCUUUAAAUCAUUUUAUAUUAGAACGCAAAGGCUAUGGAGAGCUAGUGACUUUCGAAUAUAUUAAAAAAGAUUUUGCUCUUAAUACACGAGUCGCUAAAAACCCAAUAAAUACGUACAUAAAAGGUUUAUCAAAAAAUAUAAGACCAGCGAGACAACCACAUUAUAGAAAUGGUUAUGAUGGGAUGAAACCAGGUAUAGUCGAUAUACCAUUAUUUCGAUCUAUGGUCCAAGGAAUUCACAAUGAAAACUUCAAACUUCCAUACACAGGUCCACCAAUACGGGCUCAUUUUAUUAGACCUCAAAUUCCAAGUCAACCAUAUCAAAAAACGGGAAUUCCCACAUUUAAAAUUACUACCCUGCUUGUUGGAACAACAUAUGAAGUAGUUAUUAGUAAUGUACAGAACGGACCAUGCUCCUUUUCAGUGCAGUUACAUGAAAACCAGAAAGAUUUAUUUAAAAUGAUGAAUGAAAUAAGUUCUUAUCAGUUACGUAGGCUAUCAGAGCCUGCAAAAAUUGGUAUGGCUUGUAUAGCAAGAUGUCCCAGAAUUGGCUUGCAAUAUUAUCGCGCAGUUAUAAUGAAUGUUGAUUUAACAUCAUGUAAAAUUUUAUUUGUUGAUUUUGGAAACACAGAAAAUAUUCCUUUCUGUGAUUUAUUUGAUGUUCCCAUACCAUUACUUGACAUUAAAUGUUUUUCGUUUCGCUUCGCACUGUCUGGUUAUAAGGAAUUGGAACCAGUUAAUGAAAGUCUGAAAGAAUUAUUUAAGAAAAAUGUUUUGAACAAAGUUUUAAAAUUGAAGGUAACACCUUUAGAGGGACCACCUCUUGUACAAUAUUGUGAACUUUAUUAUGAAAAUAGAAAUAUUUUCAAUAUAUUAAAAGACUUUCAAAACAGAAAAAUAACAUACACUAAGCCUGAAGCACUGGAACAAGAUGAAAUCGUAAAUGUUUGUUAUAUUGAUUCUCCAAAAUCGUUUUAUGUUCAUAAGAAAACAAAACAAAAUGCUUUUGAAAAAAUGAUGGAUGAGUUAGAUUUCUACUGUAACAAAUAUAGUUGUGUUCCUAAAAAACUUAUUAAAGGCACUCCAUGUGCUUUUAAAUACGAAAAUGCUUGGUACAGAGCUGAAAUUAUAAAGGCAGAAAAUAAUGACAGAGUUUAUAUACGUCAAGUUGAUUUUGGAGUUGAACGUCAUACAAAAAUUUCCACAUUGAAUUACAUAGACGAAAGAUUUACAUCAUUCCCUCAACAUGCAAUUCAGUGUUGUCUAAAAGGUUUUGAGGAUAACAGUUCAUCUUCUAUAAGCGAUAGCGUUAUAAAUCAGUUUGAAAUGCUCGCUGAAGAAUCCGAUGGUGGUAGAAGAAACUUUAAAGUUAAAAUAUUUAAAAUGCUUACAAGUCAUUAUUAUCUCUUAAACUUAGUUGAUGAAUCUCUGCAGCCAGAAUUAAAUUUAAUGAAAAGACUUUUUAAAUUAAAUCUUCCUUUUAAUAAGUACAUAGGAAUGGAGAAAGAAUUAAACGCAAAUAGCACGCCUGUUACUUCUACAGCAACUACGUCUCCUAAAAAUAAUAAUAACAAACAAACGCAAAAUCAAUCUCUUCCAACUAAAGUCCAGAACAAUAAUUUUCUAAGUCCAAAACAAACAGAAAUACCAGUAAUCAAUGUGGAAACCAUCACCCCUACAAGUAUAAAUUAUAAUCAGGGAAAUUCAGAUAAAAAUAGCAACAGUGGCAGUAGCAGCAGAAGCAGUAGUACAAGAGGUUUUCGCAGAGGUCAACGGAAGAAUGCACCCACUCAAAAAGAUACUACGCGAAAUAGCAGUAGGGAUUCUGCAAUUACAUCGUCAAGACCUGGAAGGGGAGGUCGCGGAAGAAAUUUGCCCCCAAGAUUUCAAAAUCAACGUAAUAAUGACAGACGCUACAAUGGUGGAAAUGACAGUUCUGGAAAGUUUGCAUAUAGCAAUUCUUCAGAGGACUGGUCAAAGAGAACAUCGACCCCCACUCAAAAACAUAAAUACGACAGUAGUGAUAGUGAAUUCGAAGGUUCAACGGAAGAGUUCUUACCAUUUAAUUUCGAACUAAAAUCUGCUGAUAUACCUAUUCCGUCCAUUCAAGAAGUUGUUAUUUGUUGGUGGAUUUCACCACAUCAAUUUUUCACGCACGACUCUAAGAUGACCAGCAGAUUUGAAAAAAUGAUGCGAAAAAUGCAAACUUUUUACAAAAACAGGAGUGCUAUUCAAAACAAGCAAAUCGAAGUUGGAUCUAUUGUGAUUGCCAAAUACAAACAGGAUAAUGUUUUAUAUCGAGCUAAGGUCUUGGCUUGUAAUCCUCAAAUGAAGAAAUACAAAGUGGAAUUUAUUGAUUUUGGAAAUCGAUCAAUAGUUGAAGAAAAUGACAUGUGGCAAAUGGAAAAGCGUUUCGCUCAAGUGCCUGUAAUGGCGAACCUUUGUUCAUUUGAAAAUAUCGUAUCAAAUUAUGAAAAUCAAAAAAUAAUUGAUUUUAUCGCCAAAUAUUUAAAACAGGGAAUUACCUUGAAUUGCCAGUACAUGAAAAAAGAGAAUAAUACGUAUUUUGUAAAUAUUAAUCUAAAAGAUGAUUCACUGAAACAUAUACUUAUUAAAGAAGGCAUGGUAUCAGAACUAAAAGAAGGUACCAAAUUACAUAUUUUGGCUGGGCAACAAAUUAAAGCAAAAGUGUCUUCUGUUGCGGAUCUUUCAAAUUUUAGAAUUUUAAUUGAAGGCUGUGACAUUGAUUUAAUGUGUUCUUAUCAUAACAUUAAGCUAAUUAAAUCUAAUCCUGGAUUGUCUUCCAAAUUUAAAGAUAAAUAUGAGGGAAAAUAUUGCUUUUUUGAUAUAAUUAGUGUAACUCAAGAUAAAAUUUUAAUGGUGGAUCCAGCAGAAAAUGAUUUAACAGAAAAUGCUCAGCCAAUUAUAUAUGAUUAUCCGGUAAUGUCUGAUAAACUGGAUGUAAAAAUAUCUUACGUUAGAACACCAAACAGAUUAUAUGCUCAAACUAUUUCAAAUGAAGAGAAAGCUAACGAACUUUUAAAUGAGAUGUAUGAUUACUAUAUUACCAAAGGGGACAUACUAAAAUGUAUAUCAAAAGGAAUGAUAUGUGCAGCCAAUUCUGAAGAUGGUAAUUGGUAUAGAGCACAAAUAUCAUCAAUUAAGCCAAAUGUUGGUGUAGGAGUUGAAGCAAGUAACAAUAACGAUUCCAUAUUCGAGGUGUAUUACAUUGAUUAUGGAAAUAACGAAACAAUCGACAAUAUUAGUAAAUUAAAACGACUCGAAGAGAGAUUUUCAAUUUCAAGUGCCUUCGCAAUGGAAAUUUAUUUACCAUUCAAAAGUAUUAAAAGUAUGGACCAGGAAUCUGUGAUAAAACAAAUUAGAGACCUAGUAGGAAAUUAUCAGUUAGAAUUAAAAAUAUUGGAAUCUUAUGAGGGUUGCUGGAUCGUGGACAUCUUAUCCAGUGAUUAUAGUUUAAUGAAUGUCCUUGAAGAGAAAGGAUUGAUCGAGAAAAAAUAUGAUAUAGAUUGUGUCAAAUCUUUAAUUUUGAGUGAUUUUGAAAAUGAACUAUUAAAAUCAAAUGAUAAUAUUGAAGAAAUAUCUGUGGAUAAACCAAAAAUUGCUUCCAAAGAACAUAAGGAAAAAUUGAAAAUUGAAACCAAAGAUGAAGAUGAAAUGAUUGAUGAACCACCCUCUGACAUACCUAUGCAAACUACAGUCGAACCAUCAAUAAAAUUACCUAAUAUGUAUGCUGCUUACAUUAGUCAUUUUGAGAAUCCAGGGAAAUUUUAUUUACAGUUAGAUGCUGAUUCAAAGGAGCUUGAGAAAAUGCAGGGUAAUUUACAAAUUGUAGCUGAACAAUUACCAUUAUUAAAAACUAUAUCCAAAGAUGAGAAAUGUGUAGCACGUUAUUCAGUUGACGGAAUUUGGUAUAGAGCUAAAGUUUUUGAUAAUGAGCUAAUUGCUGUCCAAUUUAUUGACUACGGAAAUAUUGACGUGGUUGAGGUAUCAGAUAUAAAACAAAUGGUUGAGCCUUUUACAACAAUUAAGUCGUUUGGAAUACCAUGCUCUUUAGCUGUGGCCCCAAAAUGCGGUAGUGAUUGGCCUGAGGAAGCGAAUAGACUAUUUAAUGAAAAUAGGGAUAAAAAAGUUCAUUUUAAUUAUAUUCUUGAAAGUGAAAAAAAAAAUUAUGUAAAUUUGUUCAUUGAUAAUUCAAAUGUUGCAAAAACCUUAUGUUCAAAAGAACUAGUUAAACGGUUAGAGAUUGUUGAAUCAGGCGAAUCUUGUUUCAUAAGUCAUAUUAACGGACUAGCGGAUUUCUAUAUUCAAAUGGAAAGUUACUCUGACGGGUUGGAAGCAAUUGCUAGUUAUUUAACAGGCUAUUCUCAAUUUCCCUUAAUACCAAGUAACAACGCAAGUAGUGAAAAUAUAAUUGGAACGAUAUGCGCAGCUAUAUUCCCAGAUGAUAACGAAUGGUAUCGUGCUAAAAUUUUAUCAGAAACGGACAGCGGUUUUGAAGUUUUAUUUAUUGACUUCGGUAAUACCGCUAUUACAACCGAAGCACGUGUAAUUUCGGAUGAUAUUGCAAAUGCUCCAUAUCUUUCAAAAAGAUGUUGCCUUCGCAUGCCAAAUAACAUACUUGAAUGGUCUCAAAAAGCUGAAGAAAAAUUCGUUGAACUAGCGGCGGGCGGAGAAACAGUCUUUGUGGUUGACUUAAAAAAACCGGGCGAAGCUGCAGUUGUAGAUUUAACAAUGGGUGAUACAAAUCUUCUAGAUAUUUUGCAGCCACUGUGUGAGGAAAAUGUCAAUGUUAAGUCUAAAACACCGGGAAAUGAUGUUUUAAGUUUGAGCAUUAUGACAAUGAGUACUUUGUCAGACAGUGGUGUAAUUGGUCAUGAAAAGGAAAGUGUAGUUAUAAGUCAUGUUAAUUCUCCUAUUGAUUUUUAUGUUCAAUUAAAUUCUGAAGUUAAUGAAUUAGAAAUGGUAACCGAUAAGCUGUUUGAUGUCAACGAACCAGUAUUGGAUCCCAAAGUAGGAGAAAUAUAUGCAGCUCUAUAUCCAAAAGAUGAAAACUAUUAUCGGGCUAAAAUUUUAUCUAAAGAGAAUGAUGGAUACAACGUACUUUAUAUAGAUUUCGGAAAUUGUUCUAUAACGAAUGAUUUCAAAGUUUUACCAGAAGAGCUGAAGCAAGUGACCAAUUUGGCAAAACAUGUCAGUUUAGCUGGAGUAGGAUUUGAUUUGAGCGCCGACAACGUAAUUGAAAAGUUUAAUGAAAUAUUGGAACCGUUCUUUACAGAAAAUGUAGAUAUGAUAAUAUUGGAUAAAAAAAUUGAUCCAUGGAUUAUUAAACUAAACUUGAAUGGCGAAGAUAUUUGUGAUAGGCUUAAGAUAGGAUUGGGGUUCGAUAUGAUGAAUAAGAGUGAUCUAUUUUUACAGCCUGAAAUAAAUGAAAAACGCAAAAAUGUUAUUAUAAGUCACAUCAUAUCUCUUAACGAAUUUUAUAUUCAAUUGGAAGAUGAGGUCAAUGAAGUUGAAAACAUUACUAAUAAACUACAAAAUUGCAAUGAAAUGAAACUAGUAUCAGAUCUUCCCGAAAUUAAGAAAAUUUAUGCUGGACUAUUCCCAGAAGAUAAUAGUUAUUAUCGUGCAAAAGUAAUUAGUGCCGAUGCAACUGGAGCGGAAGUAUUUUUUAUAGAUUUUGGAAAUAGUGCCAAAACAACAGAUUUAAGAAUUUUGCCUGAUAAUUUGAAGAAUAUAAGAAAUAUGGCAACCAAAUGCUGUUUGAUACUUGAUGACGUCGGAACUGAUUAUGAUAAAUUUAAUAAACUUUUUUUAAGUUAUAUGGAUUCUCAUUUUGGUGAAAUAUUUCAAAUAGAAAUAAUGAACCAGACUGAUAAAGAAGAUGAAUGGAAGAUUAAAUUGUAUAACAAAAACAGCAAUAUUUACAAUGAACUUUUAAAGAUGUAUAAAUCAAAAUCAUGUGAAAAUAUGGCUAACGUUAAUUCAUUUAAAAGUUGUACUGUAAGUCACAUUAAUAAUCCAAAUGAUUUUUAUGUUCAAAUUUGUGACAAUGAUGCUAAAUUGAAUGAAAUUGCUGAAAAACUUUUAGCAGCUGAUCAUUUUAAUAAAUUAGUUGACCCUAAAAUCGGAGAUAUAUGUGCAGCGAAAUUUCCAGAUGAUGGAGCUUAUUACCGAGCGAAAAUAUUAUUGUUAGGUGCCGAAAAUGGUGCAAAAGUUAUAUAUAUGGAUUUUGGCAAUGAAGCAUUUACUGAUGAUUUGCGUGAAUUACCUGAAAAUCUUCAAAAAAUUGAAGCAUUAGCUAAACGUUGUGCUCUAGAAAAUUUAGGCGAUAUUGAUUUUUGGUCAAAGGAAGCACAAGAUUGUUUUUCAGAAAUUAUUAAUGAACAUUUUAACGAAACAUUCCAAGUUAAUAUUAUUAAAGAUAACGAUAGUGAAUGUACUUCAUUAGAAAAUUUCUCUAAUGAAAUAGAUCCAGCGGUAGUUCAACUUGAAUAUCAAAGUACAGAUAUAGCUGGUAAAUUGGUUUCAACGAUUAAAGAAAAAUUCAAUUUAAUAUCAAAUAAAAUAUCGAAUACAUCAAAUUGGGAUGAAACAACAAUAUCAUCAAAAAAUAUUGAUUCCGGCAUUAAAACUGAUUCAGAUGGUAAAAGCGUCGAAUCGGGAAGUGAAAAUAAAUUUAAAGUUGGAACAAAAAAUGAAUCACCAAAUAUUACUAAAGAUGAAGAUGAUGAUAAUGAUGAUGAUUGUCAUUCAAAAUGUGGAAAUACAACAAAUGAUUUAGCUGAAGUAUUGUACAAUGGUUUCAAUGAAAUAUUGUCACAGGAAAAUUUUUAUAAAAAAUAAAUAAAAAGAAAUGAAAGCUUUUGAAAAAAUAAUACGCAAAAAUUAAAGUAGAUAAAAAAAGUUUAAUGUUGCGAUUUAUAUUUUUAAUUAUUUUUUAAAUAUUGCAAAUUUAUUCGAAAAUUUCAAAAAAUUAUAAAAAAAUGUAGACAAAGAAAUUUAAUUCAAAAAACAGUAAUUAAUAUGAAAGAAAUGAUAAAAUGCCGGGAAAUACUUUCAAAAUUUUGAUUUUAAAAGCAUUUUACGAUUUUAAUUUUUUAAUUUUAAUAUAUUGUCCUUUUUAAAUUAAUUAAAUAUUUUUAAAUAUGAACAACAUUUAGUUUAUAUGAAAAAUUAAAAGGAUAUCAUGUUUUUAUAUACAUAAACUAAUUUUUUAUAAUUUUAAAAAAUAAAUUUGCAUUACUCGUCCUUUUUUUUUUUUUAUUUUUACUGUGUAACAAGAUAAUUUUGCCAGUAAAUUAAAGAAAAACCACCCAGUUUUAAUAAGUUAUAUUCCUUAAAUAGGUUGUUAUUAUUUUUUUUUUAUCAAGAAGAAAAGGAAAUGGUAUUAAAUUUCCUGGCACUUUUUUUUUUUUUUUAUUAAUACUAUUAAUAUUUUAAAUUAAUAUAAUUACAUUGUUGGAAUAUUUAAAUCGAAAACGCAAAUUAAAUUUUUAUU